AUCACCACCGGCCAUCAUCACUGCUUCAUUGUACGAGCUGCUGCUGCUGCUGCUGAUGCUGAGCUCUGCGCGCGGGGGGACGAAGCUCUGCAGAAACAGGAGCAUGGCGUGGACACAGAUUCUCACAGAGUAGGACUUCACACACGACGAGGAUCGAGUCUGAGCCCCGAGCCCGUUUGUCUGAUUGGAGAAUGAGGAAGAGGAGAAACUGGAAACCUUCGGAGUGCUUUGGAACGUUUCAGUGAAGUCUCGAUGAAAGCAUCUGAAGAGCCUCUCUAGAACUUGACUCAAUGGCCAAGAAAGGGCGUACGAAGGGCGAGAAGCCCGAGGCGCUCAUCGCUGCCCUGCAGGCAGCCAACGAAGAUCUCAGGUCCAAGCUCACUGACAUUCAGAUAGAGCUGCACCAGGAAAAAUGCAAGGUGAGCAAACUGGAGCGCGACAAGGUGCAGGAGGUGAAGCGGGUACGGGAGCAGGAGCAGCACCGUCACACUGCCAUGUUAACGGAGCAGCGAGCCAAGUGGCACGAGGAGAAGCAGAAGGAGCUCCAGGCUCUCAGGGAAAGCCUGACGAGGCAGCACGAGCAGGAGCUGGCCCGCCACGCCAAGAUUAAAGACCAGGAGAACCAGAGGCUCAAAGCCGCGCUGAGCGCCAUGCGGGACGGCAGCGGGGAGAAGGUUCGCACGGCGCUGACGCUGGAAGCCAAGGAGGAUGCGCGGCGCUUCUUUGACCAGGAGAGAGUGAAGCUCCUGCAGGAGAUAACGGAGCUGAAAUCUACCAAGAAGCAGACGGACGAGGCGCUCAGCAACAUGAUCCAGGCCGACAAGAUGAAGGCCGGAGACCUGCGAGUGGAGCAUCAGCAGCACCAGGAGCAGAUCUCCAAGAUCAAGUGGGACAGUGAGAGGGACAUCCGCAGACUGGUGGAUGAGAUCAAAUCUAAAGACCGCACCAUCUUCGCCCUGGAGAAGGAGCUGGAGUCGACGUCAGGGUUCUUGCAGAAGCUGCAGCUUCAGAAGGACACUCUGGACGAGCAACUGUUCCUCGUGAAGGAGGCGGAGUGCGGCCUCGGGAGUCCGAAGAGAGAGAUUCCGGGCAGAGCCGGGGACGGAGCGGAGCACUGUGGAAGUCCGGACAUGAGGAGAAACCAGAGGCGCCUCGCUGAACUCAACUCUAACAUCCGCAAACUAGAAGACCGUAACUCUCUGCUGGGCGACGAGAGGAACGAGCUGCUGAAGCGCGUCAGAGAGUCGGAGAAGCAGUGCAAACCUCUGCUGGACAAAAACAAGCUGCUGAGCAGGAGGAACGACGAUCUGACUCUGAGCCUCCAGAAGCUGGAGGACAAACUGAAGAGCUUGGCGAAGGAGAACGUGGAGAUGAAGGAGAAGAUCAGCUCCCAUCCUCCGCUGAAGAAGCUGAAGUCUCUGAACGACCUGGACCAGGCGCACGAUGACCAGGAGAUCGCCUUCCUCAAGCUCCAAGUCCUGGAGCAGCAGAGCAUGAUCGACGAACUCGCCAGGGACCGAGAAAAACUGCUGAGGAAGAAAAGACAUAAAAGAAGUUCACGGCCCAUAAAGAGGCACAUCGUCAUGGACAUCGGGUAUGGCGAGGAGUCCAUGGACUCGGAGUCGUCCUCUGUGGCUUCAUUCAGGAUGGACAGAACUCCUGACGAGGAUCUGGAGGAGGGUCUAACCACAGAGGAGUCUGAGCUGCGUUUCCGACAGCUGACCCGGGAGUACCAGGCCUUACAGCGAGCGUACGCCCUGCUGCAGGAACAGAAAGGAGGCAUCCUGGACGCUGAGAUGGAAGCAAAGGCUCAUGAGCAACUCCAAGCAGACGUUCUCAGGUACAAAGCCAAAAUCGAGGACCUGGAGAAGGAGCUGACCUUAAAGGGACAGGACUCUAAGUGGGUGGAGGAGAAGCAGCUCUUCUUACGGAGGAACCAGGAGCUGCUGGAGAAGGUGGAUAAGCUGGACUCGGAGUGCGGUCGAGCUCAGCUAGAGCUACAGGACUCCAGAGACCAGAAUGAGCUGCUGGAGUUCAGGAUACUGGAGCUGGAGGAGCGUGAGAGGAAAUCCCCUCCGUUCAACCACCUGAGGAUGCAUCCCUUCUCUGAGGGAGUCAGUGCGCUGCAGAUCUACUGUAUGAAGGAGGGAGUCAAGGACGUGUGCAUACCAGAUCUCAUCAAGCUGCUAGAUAUCCUGGGAGAUAACGGGAACUUAAGGAACGAGGAACAAGUGGCCAUAAUCCAGGCGAGCACCGUGCUGUCUCUAGCUGAAAAGUGGAUCCAACAGAUCGAGGGCACGGAGGCGGCGCUGCACCAGAAGAUGAUGGACCUGGAGAUCGAGAUGGAGAUGUUCUGCAAACAGAAAGGAUAUCUAGAAGAAGAGCUGGACUACAGGAAACAGGCCCUGGAUCAGGCCUAUAUGCAAAUCCAGGAGCUGGAAGCGACGUUAUACAACGCCCUGCAGCAGGACAAGGUGCCUCAGGUGAUAAAGUACGGCGAGCCUCUGAACGAGCUCCAGAAAGACGAGCUGCGGACGGCGGUGGAGAAGCUGAGGAGGCAGAUGCUGAGGAAGAGUCGAGAGUACGACUGCCAGAUCCUCCAGGAGAGGAUGGAGCUGCUGCACCAGGCCCACCAGAGAAUUCGUGAUCUUGAAGACAAGACAGAAAUCCAGAGGAGGCAGAUUAAAGACCUGGAGGAGAAGUUUUUGUUUCUGUUCUUGUUCUUUUCUCUUGCCUUUAUCCUUUGGCCUUGAAGUCUUUGGCGUGUCCCGUAGCAGAGGUGGUGGUGUGUCAGCUUGGAGAUCUUGUUAGUGACUGCAGUGUUAUUUCUUUUCUGGUCUGGUGUGGAGCGACGUGCAUGGCGGUGGCUGCUGGUGUCAGAGCGUCAGUGGCUGCUGUGUCAGUAGGUGGAUGUGUCGUGUUGGCCGUGGACGUUCUUCUUCUCUUCUUUGGUUUAAUCGGGGGGUCGGGGUUCUCAGGAUACUGCCCGGGAGGUUUCGUUUUUUUUAACACGGCGUUGGACUUUCUCUCCAAACAGCUGGGAAAACUGGAACAGGCUGCAAGAACGACACACUCUUUCAAAGAUGCACACACACACACAUAAGCAGACUCACACACAUGCAUGCAGAUGCAAACACACAAGUUUACACAAACACACACACAUGCUUUGACAAAUCGAAACCAAAGCCUGGGAAAUGUAGUCUCUGCCAUGCAGGGUGAUAAUACGCAAUCCACUACCAUGUAACCACAGCGGGAUAUAAACACAGACGAGCCGCCCGGACCACAAACUCCUCCUCCUCUUCUUCUUCUUCUUCUUCACUCUCCAAAAACCUGAACUUUGAAAAAUGCACCCUCUUAGUGAAACGAAGCGAGCCGACUCAGGGCCCACGAGUGCAGAGGCUGCUUCAGGUCACAUCAGAGGAACACUCGGGACACGCUGUGUCACUGGUUGGCCCGCCCUCGCUGUUCCCAAAACGGUGCUUACACAGACUGCUUGGACUCUCCAGAGGUUAAACCCGGGACAGGACGGAGCUGCAGUGCAGAGACGGGCGUGUAUGGACACUGAAAGGGGGAUAGAGGGCACUCAGGUUUGAUGCAUCUUCACAGAGAGAUUAAAAAAAGAUGGAGAUGGAGAUGGAGAUGGAGGCGUUUCAUCUCUCUGAUCCCGACACAUACGGAUCGUCAAAGCGCUUUUUAAGUUCUCUUCAAACCAGCAGACUGUACGAGCUUUACUCUCUGGUUCUCUCUUUUCUUUUCUACAGCUCAGAAACUGUGUCCCAAGAUUUCCACUGAGAACAGAAACAUCUCUAUUCUGUACUGUAAGAUAUACAUUUGUUGAUAUGUACAUGUGUCUGAAUAAUUUCAUGUAGUCCCCCCCCCCCCCCUCUUUUCUGUGAAUAGUUGCACUUUUCUCUCUAAAGCAGCUCGGCGUACUCUGCAGUUUAUAAAAGACUCCUCAGAGGACGAGCGAUUUCAUUUCCUCCAGAAUUAUAACUGAAAAAAAUGUUGGAAUAUGAAUGUGGAAUAAUGGAAUAUUUGCCUCCCCUUUCCCUCUUUCCAACCUCCAUCUCUCUCUCACACACACAUACACACACACACACACACACACACAUUAUACUGUAUUACUCUCCUGUCUAGCAUAAGUUCCUCUGGUUGACCAGCAGGGGGUGCUGCUGUCUCCAGAGCGACUUCCACUCUGCCCUUUAAACUGACACAAGCUGUUUCAAACUUGUAAAUAUUUCCAGAUUAUUGUUGUCAUCUCAAGUUGGAUGGUUGGUGAGUUUAAAAUCAGAGGUAACAUUUAAUCAUCAGUGCUAAAUUUAAAUUCAUUGCUUCCCAACAAUACGACAAACUCUGUCUCUGUCCUCUUUUUUACUAAACGUCUUUAAUACUAACAAUCCCUCUUCUACUAAACACGUCUUACGUCAGGUCAGGGGCGUGUCCAGACUUCUAUGACCGGGGUGGCCGAAGUAGAGCUUCGACUUCAUGGGCAGAAACACACACAUCCCAAAAAGAUGCAAUAAGUCACUAUCUCUGGCUCCAAUUAUCAUUUUAAAAUAUUGCUCUACAUUAAACAUUCUGCAAAAUAAAAUCUCUAACAGCUGACUUAUCACAUGCAACCAUGAGUCAGGAAAAUGAGCUAGCUUAAAGGUCCUGUGAGGAGUUUUGAACUGGCUGAGAAACAGACUGAAAAUGAUACUGAUGCCUCUUUAUGACCUUUAAUAACAAACAAGACCAUCAGCAGCAACACUGGCACCUUCUCUGUUGUCAUUGUUAAUGCCUGAAACUGCCCUGGGGGGGUAGGUGCCAGACCAGAUGAUGGACAUCUUGCUUCAGAAACAGCCUUUAUUUGACUGUUUUCAUGGUAAAUAAUCUCAUUCCCUGAUAAAGUUGACUGUUGAAGACAACAGGAUGAGGCUUUUGUUGAAAACACUACUUUUGCAUGUAAAGGACAAGAAAUAAGAGGUAUCACUUUGUCCACAAGGGGGGCGCCAGAAAUGAUACAAAACAAAAGUUCCUCACAGCAGCUUUAAGCACUCUAUACAUCACUGCUUACAGACACAUACUUCCAUUUCUCUUAGAAGAGAACAAACUGCAAACUAUUUAAGAACAAACAUGAUAUUGGGCGAUCCUGACUGAAGUAUGGCUGCCUGAAAGGGUCAAAAAAAUUAAAUUUAAAGCUAAUUCUUAAAAAAGUCUCAAACAUAAUUGAUAACUCCUUAAAAAGAACACGCUAAAAAGUAGCUUAAAAUAAAUGUGGGUCAUUAAAAUGCCUCAGGUUGGGGGGGGGGGGGGGUUAAAUAGACAAUCUUGGUUUAAGGAUGAAAAGUCUGCUAGUUUAAUGCUAACACAUAAUGGGAAAUCCCAUUAACCGGCUAACAAAAUUAUGUUUUCACUUCUGAGAAACAACUUUUUAUGGGUUAUAUAUCACAAAUCAUCACUCUAUACAUUACUGCUUACAGGCAUAUACUUCCAUCUCUCUUACAAGUGAACCAAACUGCAAACUAUUUAAGAACAAACAUGAGUAUUUGGGGUUCUUGACUAAAGUAUGGCUGCCUGAAAGGAUCAAAAAACUCAAAUUUAAAGCUUAAUUUGACAUAAAUCAAACAAUAUGAUUAAAUACCGUUCCCAUAGAAGGAAGUACAACAUGCAAAAAAUUGCAACUCAUAAAUCUUCCAUGCAUAAUACUUAAAAAAAUGUAAAAGACAAUGGUUAAAGCUCCUGUGAGCAACUUUCUGUUUGUGUUGACUUUGGCGCCCCCCUGUGGACUAAGUGAUCUUGCUUAUUUUGUCCUGUACAUGUGUAAAUUAUGUUAUCUCCUCCUGCUUUCAACCAACAGUCAACUAUUUCACUCAUUGCGAAUAUUUACUGCAGAAAAAGGGUUUUUCUUUGAUGUGCUGUCAUCACCUCAUCUGACACCUACCCCCUCACAGCGAUUUCAGGCUUAAAAAUAACAAAACAGAAAUGAUCAAUUCCUUUUCUAACAAUCUUGUUUGCUUUUCUAGAUCAUAAAAAGCCAUCACUGUUAAUUUCAGUCAAUUUCAUGAGCACUUUAAAAACUCCUCACAGGAGCUUUAAGUCCUAAAAUACAACACGCUAAAAGGUUGCUUAAAAUAAAUGUGGGUCAUUAAAAUGCCUCAGGUUGGGGGGGAAGGGUUAAAUAGACAAUCUUGGUUUAAGGAUCAAAAGUCUGCUAGUUUAAUGCUAACACAUAAUGGGAAAUCCCAUUAACCGGCUAACGAAAUUAGCAUCCACAUCGCGGUCAUGUCUUCACUUCUUAGAAAUUACUUUUUAUAGGUUAUAUAUCACAAAACAACAUUCUAUACAUUACUGCUUACAAGCAUAUACCUCUAUUGCUCUUGAAAGAGAACCAAACUGAAAACUAUUCAAGAACAAACAUGAGUAUUUGGCGUUCUUGACUGAAGUAUGGUGGCCUGAAAGGGUCAAAAACUCAAAUUUAAAGCUACACUUUACAUAAAUCAAACAACAUGAUUAAAUAACGUUCCAAUAAAAGGAAGUACAACACAGUUAAUUGAAAAAAAAUGUAUGCAAAAAAUUGCAACUCAUGAAUCUUCCAUGCAUAAUACUUUAAAAAACCCAAAUACAAUGGAUAACCCAUAAAAUAUAAUACAUUAAAAAGUAGCUUUAAAAUAAAUGUGUGUCAUUAAAAUGCCUCAGGUUGGGGGGGAAAGGGUUAAAUAGACAAUCUUGGUUUAAGGAUCAAAAAUCUGCUACUUUAAUGCUAACACAUAAUGGGAAAUCCCAUUAACCGGCUAAUGAAAUUAGCAUCCACGUCGCGGUCAUGUCUUCACUUCUUAGAAAUUACUUUUUAUAGGUUAUAUAACAAAACAACACUCUAUACAUUACUGCUUACAGACAUAUACUUACAUUGCUCUUACAAGUGAACCUGACAUUUUGAAUGAGCAAAUUUAUGACUAUUCUGCGUCACUGCGUCUUGCUAGCUAAACUAUGGCGGCCUGAAAGGGUCAAAAAACUCAAACUUAAAGCUACAUGUCACAUAAAUCAAACAAUAUGAUUGUAACUCAUAAAUGUUCCAUGCAGAAUUCUUUUAAAAAUGUAAAAGACUAUGGAUAACUAAAAAAAAACAUGCUAUUAAGUAGCUAAAUUAGAAAUGUGGGUCAUUAAACGCCUCAGAUUGGGUGGACCGGGUUAGAUAGAGGGGUCUCAGGAGCUCAUGCCACCCCGGGAAGAUCCAAAGACACGCCCCUGCUCCAGCCGGCCUCCACUUCCUCUCAGUGAAACAGGAGAAAGUGAACGCAACACGACACUCGCUCCACUUCUCCUCCUCUUUCUGUCCGGCUCACUCUUUCCACUCUCUGCAAUAUUUACAAGUUAGCUCUGCUCUCUCCCGACUCACCUGAGCUGGUGUGUCCACCUCCACGCCCCUCACAGGUGUCGGGUGUCCAGUCAUCUCAUUACACAGCAGGCAGUAUGUUAACGACCAACGCCACUCACUCUCUGAGGGGAACGACUGAGACGAUUUCUGUGCAAACUCAGCUAACAAGCAGUUGCCUUAAAUGCACUUUCCCCUUUUUUCCAGGUUAUUUUUCAGGCGGUUGAUAUUAUCAUGUAAUGUAAUGUAAUGUAUAUUUUUAUUAUUAUUUAACAGAGAUUUUUUUUAAACCCGUCUGUCUUCCAACAAGAAUUUAAUCCCUCGUCCUUCUUUCGUCUAGAUUAUUAAAUAAACGGAGAAAAUGAGCAAUGCUGUAAAAAAUAAAAAAUUCAUGGCCUCAGGCCGAACAGGA